AACCCCCCAGAACCCCUAACCAAGACGCUCUGGACCCCAAUGACGUUGGCAGUUGGCACCGCCGGCACCUUCUGGGCGCUGUGGGUAGAUUUUUAGGCCGUGGGGACCGUGCACUAGGCUUCCAGAUUCAGGUCCCGUCACUCGAGUUCAGGCGAAAAUUCCCACUGAUUGAUGCCCACUCAUCAGCUCAGGCACAACCAACCAGUGCAACCACCAUCAGACACCGCCGCGUCCUUGACAAUGCAACGGGCCAUGCGGCGAUAAUAUGCUAAACUCCGCGAACCGACAAAUGCCCCCGGCAAGACGCCACUCUGUUGCUUUUACCGACAGCCUAGUCCUACGGAUACAGUAAGCGACUUCUUCCACUUGCGAACCCGAACCCCUCCGCCGUCCGCGGUCACCGAUCCGUUCCGGGCCAUCGGGCCACAGGACCAUACCCUCCAUCCGGCUACCCCAUCUUUAAUCCAUCCAUUGCCAUCCUCUCCAGGCGCCAUGGCCGACCCCCUCGACUCAAUCGUCAAAGGCGCCCCCGUCUCCCUGCCGGGGCAAGACGCCCUCGUUGCCCGAGCAGCAGGCGGAGGAGGACGAGGCACCACCCCGAUCGCCACGUCCUCCUCCUCCUCUUCAACAGCCGCCUCCUCAAACCACAAAGACAAAGCCAGCGACCCCCUCGGCCACACCCCCAGCUCCCCGUCCAUGAUCUACCUCAACCUGCUCAUCCUCGAAGCCUCGCUGCGCGCCCAGUACCUCGAGCUGCGCGCCCGCCGGCGCCACCACACUUUCUUCCUGUCCCUGCUGACGCUGUGGACGGUGGGGUUUGGGUACGCGCUGUUCCUGGCGCCGCGCGAGGACGGCCGCGGGGUUGGGGGUAGUGUGUACUGGGUCGUGGAGACGACGGAGCGCAUGUGUUUUCUGGGUGGUAUCAUGACGGCCCUGCUGGUGUGGGCGACGGGGAUUUGGGAACGGGGCGUGCGCUGGCCUAGGAGGUGGUUUGCUGUCUCGAAUAGGGGGUUGAGGGCUUUCAACUGUAAGCUGGUGGCUAUGAAACGGCCGUGGUGGAAGGAGGCGCUGAGCACGGCGGGGUGGUUUUUGACGUAUGGGCUGUUUUCGAAUAAUGGGAGUUCGUACAGAUGGGUGGAUCCGGCGUUGGUUAGGGAGGUGGAUAAGGAGUUGAGCUUGACGAGGGAGAAUCAUCCGGCGAUACAUGUCAAUCAGUGGGAUGAGGAGAAGGGGGGUCAUGAGGAGGACUUGGCGCCGGGUGGGGAUUAUGUCAAGGUGUUGUUGCUGCCUAAGCCGUUCUCGCCGACUUUCAGGGAGAACUGGGAGCUGUACCGGGCUGAGUAUUGGGAGAGGGAGAAUGAGCGGCGCGCGCUGCUCAGGGUGAAGAUCAAGGAGCGGGAGAAGAAGCUGCGCAAGGAACAGGGGGGCUGGUUAUGGUGGCUUCCGUGGCGGAGACCGAUUAUGGAGAAGCCUGUGGCCGGUGAGAAAGUGGUCCAUCACCCGCGCCACGCGGCCGUGGUGGGCGAGCACAAGCGGACCAGGAGCGGCAGUGGGACCGUGCGGCGCGGCAGCAUGUCUGGCUCGCGAAGCACGACGCCGACGCUCGAGCCUGAAGAGCACCGGCCUGGUGUGGCCCGUAAGGGGAGCACGUCGUCCAAUGGGUCGGAAAAGAAGCGCAAGAAGCUGGCCCGGCCUCGCGUCGAGUCCCGGUCGGUGACGCCCGAGAUCCCGUCCCCGCUGGCCAAAGAGAGCAGUCCGGAGACGGAGCCCUCGAAUUCAUGACGGAUGGUUGGCUUGGUGUAAAAUACGUGCGCAUACCUGCAUGCCGUUUAUAAGGUAGACUUUUAUACAAGUCAGGCAAAAUACCCCUUCAUCUCA